GUCGAACGCUCAUAAAUAGUUGGAUAUUGCUGAAUUUACCCAUCGGAAAUGACGAAAAUCAGUCUUUUCUCGAGAUAAAGCAUUACCGCAAUCAGAGAUAUCGUAUUUAUAAAUUUAUAAUAAAAAGAGGCGACAUGCAAUCAUGUUUUCGGAAUGCGGGGAUUGGUAGCACUCGCUCGCGAUGGCUCUCGGAACGAUUUAAAUCGCCUCGGUGUCAAGUACGCUGAAAGAUCCCUUGAUACCGGGAAGUAAGAUGCAGUCUUUCGGCAAUGAUACCCUGUUUGCCUGCAUAAACGUUGAAAGGAGACACAGGAUUUCACAGGAACAAAGCGCAGCCGUCGUACGGGAAGAGAACAGUGACUUGGAUAAAUAUUUCAAACAGAGUCUGUUGUUCUCGGAGUUUGUCGCUGGUGACGACGAUGUCGCAGAUAAAUCAAAACAUCCCGCGAGUAGCCCGAAGGAAACGGGAGAGAAGAAUGAAUCAGAUUUUGGAAAGUAUUUCGAGGACAGUAUUAUAUUUUCCCGAACGAGCGGCAGAAAGAAAAUUUCCUCGGCAUCAAGUAUCUUGAGACAGAAUGGGAUGCUGGUAUCUCAGAAGAGUUGGAGCUCUUGCAAAGCGAGAAAACGGGACGUUAGUACAAACAAUUCGAAGGAGCAUUCUUCGAGUAUAGGUAAUGUCGGAAGAAAACACGAUUCUGAUGCUCAAGCUGUUCGCAAGAAUAAGGUGCAAGAUGCUGUGCGUGAUGUUGUGGCAUCGUUGAUUAGCAACAUGUACAAUAAAGAAGACAAUAUUAUUUUGUCUCCACCACUUUGUACUCAGGAUCGAUGCAAACUGGCAUCAUGGGGUUUGCCAUCAAAUAUUCUUCAGAAAUAUAUUGCUCGUGGACUGGAAUGCAUGUUUGCGUGGCAAGUGGAGUGUCUGUCGAAUCACAAAGUAAUGCAAGAGAGGAAGAAUCUCGUAUAUUCCGCGCCUACAUCAGCAGGAAAGACUCUCGUUGCUGAAAUCCUCUUGAUCAAAACCAUUUUAGAAAGGAAGAAGAAAGUGAUCUUUAUUCUACCUUUCGUCUCGGUUGUUAGGGAGAAGAUGUAUUACUUGCAAGAUUUACUGUCUGACAGUGGUAUAAGGGUGGAAGGAUUUAUGGGAGGAGCAGUACCACCUGGAGGAUUUGCCACCACUCACGUUGCAGUGGCCACUAUAGAAAAGGCAAAUUCUUUGGUGAAUCGUCUAAUGGAGGAGAACGACCUGAGUAGCUUAGGAGCUGUGAUAAUAGACGAGCUGCACCUACUCGGUGAUCCUAAUCGGGGCUAUCUUUUGGAAUUACUUCUAACGAAAUUAAAAUAUAUGACUAUUCGCAACAAUGACAUUAAUAUACAGUUGAUCGGUAUGUCUGCCACGUUGCCAAAUUUAACUCUAUUAGCCAAAUGGCUAAACGCGGAAUUGUACAAAACCGAAUUUCGUCCGAUUCCUUUGAAUGAAUAUUGCAAGAUAGGAGCAAAUAUAUACGACACCAAAUUGAAUCUCGUCAGAAAAUUAGUGGAAUUGUCGGAAUUACAAGCGGACGUGGAUAACAUUUUGCAGCUCUGUAUCGAGACAAUAAGCGACGGUCAUAGUGUAUUAAUUUUCUGUCCUACAAAGAAGUGGUGCGAGAAACUUGCGGAACAAAUCGCCACGGCUUUCUUCAGAUUAGGUUCGAAGAACACAACGCUCGGCGAGAUGCUGAAGAAAGAGAUCGAUUCUACGUUGAUCCACGAAACUCUAGAGCAACUAAAGCGCAGUCCCAGCGGUCUGGAUAAUGCGUUGAAGAACGCGAUCUCGUUUGGCACUGCUUUUCAUCAUGCUGGACUCACGAUGGACGAGCGCGAUAUUAUAGAAGGAUCCUUUAGAACCGGAUCCUUGAGAGUCCUCAUAGCGACGUCGACUUUGAGCAGCGGAGUAAAUCUACCUGCACGAAGAGUGAUUAUACGAUCGCCUCUGUUUGGUGGCAGCUUGUUGAACACUUUAACUUACAAACAAAUGAUAGGACGUGCUGGUCGUAUGGGAAAGGACAGUGCAGGAGAGAGCAUACUGAUCUGCAAGCCGAAUGAACGUAACGCAGCUGCGUCAUUGCUCUCUGCAAAUUUGGACCCGAUUGAAUCCUGCCUGUGCGAUUCCACGUUGUUAAUAAGAGCGCUCCUGGAGGCAGUGGCCAGUGAAGUUUUAUACACGUCGGAAGAUCUAGAACUGUACACCAAUUGCACCCUGCUAAGCUUCAACGAACGGUCCGACGUGCGAACUUUUUCUAACGAAGCGAUGAAGUUCCUGUUAGAUAAUGAAUUUUUAUUGUUACAGACUACAGAGCGGGAGUCCAGGUGGAUAGCAACGUCGCUCGGGAAAGCGUGCCUGGCCGCGUCCGUGCCACCCAGAGAAGGACUGGUCCUGUUUGAAGAACUGCAGAAAGCCAGACGGUGUUUCGUCCUGGACACGGAGCUGCACGUGAUAUAUCUGGUAACUCCGCUCUCCGCUGGUUGCCAGAUCGGGACCAUCGACUGGAUGACGUUCAACGAAUUGUGGAGCACCAUGUCGGAGAGCGAACGCAGGGUCGGUAAACUCGUUGGAGUAGAGGACCGUUUCGUGAUGUCGGCCAUUAGAGGGGUCGUUAAAUCCGGCAAAUCGUUAAAUAUACAUAAGAGAUUCUACAGUGCGUUGGCGCUGCACGAUUUGGUCAACGAAGUGCCGCUGAAUGCGGUUUGCAAAAAAUACGGCUGCUGCCGCGGCGUACUGCAGACGUUGCAGCAGUCCGCUGCCACGUAUGCGGGUAUGGUUACGCAGUUCUGCAAACAGUUACGCUGGGACUGCAUGGAGCUGUUGGUGAGUCAGUUCCAAACGAGAUUGCAGUUUGGUGUCUGCAGGGAAUUACUGGAUUUGCUACGUCUUCCGAUGUUGAACGGUUUGCGAGCGAGGAGCCUGUACAAACAAGGAAUAACGUGCGUGGCAGACUUGGCCGUUGCUAAUGAGCUUAACGUCGAGCGCGCGCUUUACAAUGCUCUUCCUUUUGAAAGCGAAAAAGAGUACGAAGGGGAAUACGCACUUGAAACUGAAAAAAGGAAUAAGAUGAGAACUGUGUUCGUCACUGGAAGAGAUGGUCUCACGCCCCAACAAGCCGCAAUUUUAUUAGUGCAGGAGGCACGCAUGUUAGUUCAAAAAGAGUUAGGACUCGAACUACCUUGGGAGCAAACUGAGCGGUCUCUGGAGGUAAAUACGUAUUCAGGAAACAUUGAAAACACGUGCAAUACAAGAAACCAAAGUCAGGCGGAUCUUGAUGUAAACAGUUCAAGAUCAACGGAAUCGAAAAUAUCCAUCACGACAAACGUGAUGCACGAAAAAGCAACAAGUAACAAAACUCGAAAGGAUAAUGAUUCAAAACGCGAUGUACAUGCGGGAACUAGCAAAACCGAUGUGUCAGCUAAGAAGAAAACGACAGAAUCAAACGAUCAGUACUUAAAUAAAGCUAUUUUACCAAAAAAAAAUGAUAGAGAAUCGCCCAUACUUUUCGACGUAAGCAUUCCCGAUAUAACAACAGCGAAUGAUAAACGAUUAAAUAUUUCUAAGGAAAAGGGAAGUUCCUGCGAAAUUAGCAAUAAUGCUACGAUAAAGAGAAGCGCCAAAGAUUUAGAUAAAUUAAAUUCGAAUGUUGAUGUGUCCACCAAAAAGCUAAAAAUUUCUAUGAAUGAAACUAGCAAUAACCAUGAGACUCAAAUGAAUAAAAAUAUGAACGUACAGAUUAUAGACGAAGAUGUCAGAUCGUCAUAUUCGAGGAGUCCCAGUCUAUUUGACGACAGUCUGAAUCUUGAUACCCAGUUGUGCAACAUUCUUGAGCAAAAUGUCACGCAUUUGUCGGAAGCGGAAGAUUCUAAGGUACUCACAAGCAAAGUAGACGUCACGGUUACGUCGCAGGAAAAAUCUGCAAGUCCAAGCUUCGAGAAUGCGCAACCGUGCGGAGAAAAUAACGCGGCAAAACUACCCGCAAUGCAUUCGCAACUGAAAAACAGCGUACUGUCGUGGGAUGACGAUUCGUGGAAUGAUUCCGUACGAUUGUUUAAGAAGGUGGUUCAAGAUGAUGAUCAAGAUAUCAAGAAGGAAAUAUCUAAAUUCGAAGUUAAGAACGUCAUAAGCGCGAAGAAUACGAAAACCGGUGCGCAGGACAGCGAAGAAAGUGUAUCACACAAAACGGAUGUCAAAAAACGCGCUGCUACAGUUAGGAAUAAAGCGCCGCGGAAGUCGAAAUUACUGAAAUUAGCAACAGCCGAUUCACCGGUGACGAGUGUGAUUGUCUUCAAUAACGAACGAAAAAUGUCCACGGAUUCGAACAGAUCCGAUUCGGACGACUUCGUCGUCGGUUCGCAACACUUCGACUCUCCGUUUAGUGACAGCAAGAAUCAAACGAGAACGAAGUUGGAGAAAAUACGUAAAAUGCGUUCUCAGAAACUCGUGGAGGACAAGAUGACGGGAAAAAAUCAUUGUUUGGACUCUCCUAUCAGAGAACCGUCGAGAGAAGACAUCGCGAGAGAUAAAACGAGGCAGAGAACGAUGCCGAAGUUGAAGGAAAUUCUGACACGAAAUUUAUUAUUCGCGAAUUGCAGCACGGAUGAUAUUGUAUGCAGUUCCGACGGCGAAUCGGCCAGUCACUCGACGAGAUCCAAGACUAAUAAGCAGUACGAGGCGCGGACAAACACUCCGAGUAAAAAUGUAAAAUCGAAGGUGGAGAUCACACCGCAAUCGAGUAGAAAAGAUUCGUUAAACGAGACGACAGACUGGAAUAUGUUGAAUAUCGUGAAAGUUUCGAGCAAUAGGGCGACCUUUAAUUUGUUUAAACGCGAGGUAUUAAAGAAACAAGAUAUCGCGUUGGCUUUACAUUGCGAAACGUACGUGGAUAACACGAACAACAUAGGCUCGAAGAUUUCUACCACCAACGCGGAGAUAAAACGAAAACUCAGAAGAUCUGAAAAUUACACGUACGAAAACAAAGAGAUUCGCGGCAUUGCGAUAUCUUGGGAGAGCAAUAUCGCGUAUUACAUGUCGUUCAGUAAUUCGCAGCAAGAAUCAAAAGUCUCUGGAAAGGAACAAAUGGCUCUGUUGAAAGAGCUAUUUUCCGAUACAAAUUUGUACUUGAGAUGUUUUGUGGCAAAGGACGUGUUUAAACUUUUAUAUCAUUGCUGCGGAAUUUCUGCCAAAUGCAAAUUUCUUGAUCCAAUCGUUGCACAUUGGUUGUAUACUAACGGCUGCGAGAGAAACUUUAGUGAUAUGGUACUGCAAUAUUUUCCCCAAGGAAAUUCCAUAAUUAAGCGUAUAAAUUCUUGUUGCCAUUUGGGCCCUGGAAUGGAUUCACGAAGUUCAUUACCAGGCGAAUUUAGAUCAGCUGCGGAAGCCGUGCUUACAUGGCACAUGGUCGAUAGUAUUAUGAAUAAAUUGAACGAGCUUAAUCCUGUAUUAAUUCAUACAUUUAGAGAAGUAGAAAUGGGAACCGUAACAAUUCUAGCUUGUAUGGAAUUAUCAGGUAUCGGCGUGGAUACAAAAUCGUUACAGGAAUUGUUAUCGGUUAUCUCAAAUAAAAUGCAAUCUUUAGAAACGAAGGCUUACAAUCUGGCAGGUAGAAAAUUUAAUUUCUCAUCGUCUAAGGAUGUUGGUCAGGUACUAGGACUGUACAAAGAUAAAAAGGUCAGUACAAGCAAAACCGUCUUGGAAAAAUGUGAUAAUCCGAUAUCGAGCCUCGUGAUUUCAUGGCGGAAAUUGAGUGCAACGAAAACGAAAAUGAUCUAUCCGUUACUAAAAUCGGCACAAGAAGAGCCUCGUAUUCGCGGUAACUGUAUCACUUGUACGGUAACAGGACGAGUCUCGAUGCACGAACCAAAUUUACAAAACGUUCCGAAGGAUUUCAGUUUUGACAAUUUAGUCGUGAGCGUAAGAAGAAUGUUCGUACCAGCGCUGGGUAAUAUAAUGCUGUCCGCGGACUAUUGUCAACUCGAGUUACGGCUGUUGACUCACUUUUCACUUGAUUCGGUAUUAUGCGAGAUCAUGAAGCGGCCGGGUGACAUAUUUAAAAGUAUCGCUGCCAAGUGGAACAACGUAACAGAGGAAAAGGUGACCGCCGAGAUGCGUCAGCGCACCAAGCAGUUGUGCUACGGUAUGAUUUACGGUAUGGGGGUGAAAUCACUGGCCGAGAGUCUCUGUAUCGGCGAAUCCGAAGCUCAGGAGUUCCUAGAGACCUUUAUGGGCACGUAUCCUGGUAUAUAUAAGUGGCUGAACGACGUUUUAGAAGACGCGCAUCGCAACGGGUACGUGACGACGUUACUCGGGAGGCGCAGACAGCUGCCGGAUCUAAAGAGUACAAAAUCGUCUGUAAGAGCGGCAGCAGAACGACAAGCUGUGAACACGAAAGUGCAAGGCUCCGCAGCGGACGUAGUUAAGUCAGCUAUGAUAAGUAUAGAGCAGAAGAUACGAUGCGGUUUUCCAGACUCGGCGAUGAUAUUUCCCGAGGUGCAUGCUACUCGCAAAUUAAGAAGCAAUCGAGAGGGGACUCAAAGGGGAGGUUACCUAGUCUUACAAUUACACGAUGAACUGCUAUACGAAGUAAAUUUAGCAGAUCUGAAAGAAGUUGCCGCAAUAAUCAAAGAAUCAAUGGAAAAUGUAUGUCAACUUACUGUGCCAUUACCAGUAGAAGUCAAAGUUGGACCUACAUGGGGCAGUUUAACCGAGUAUGAAUUUUAACAAAGAGCCUGAUCGUAGCGUUAUUAUUCUCAAGUCAAUAUUUUAAUUUUUAUUUAUGAUUAUAUAUUUAAUUGCGUGAAAUAUUUAUAAGCAAAUCAUG